AUGAAAAAAGCUGGUUGUCUGGAGUUAACGAAGCUGUCGUUCUAUUCAAUAUACGAAUCGUUGAAGAUCUUCGUUAUACCACGUGAAGGACAUCGUCGUCUUUUCCUUUACCUAUCAUUUGGUGCCAAUUUCUUGGACCAACUAUCAUUCGGCGAAGAAAAAAGUCUAAUCGGCACCUAUACGCUUCUGUCGCCUUUCAACUGGACCAAAGACGAGUAUGCUAAUUACAAAUCCUUGAGGCCCAUUGUUCAGAUUGUCGGCAUGUUCUUUGGACUAAUCGCGCUGAAAAAGUGGUUGAAACUUCGUGAUACAUUUGUAAUCUGCUUGGCAAUUGGAACUCUGUCCAUUUCGCUCUUCAUGAUUGGGUUAGCGCAGGCGUCAUGGUUGAUCUUUGCUAGCAUGGCUCCGGGAAGUCUUCACGGAUUGCUCAACCCCUUGACGUACACAUUUUUGUCGUGCUUGAUUGGACGAGAUGAAAUUGGCAAGGCAUUCGCAAUAAGUUCGAUUGCCCAAAAGCUUGCCGGAUUUGCUCAGACCGCAGUUCUUCAGAACAUAUACAUUGCUACUCUGAACUGGUACCAGGGCUUUGUCUGGCUAGUCAUGGGUGCAAUAUGUGUGUUUGCAUGCGGGAUCUACGGUUUCGUUCACGUCGUUGCCAAGCGUGAAAAGAUAGGAUCGUAG